UUUGACUCAAUCUUUUGCUAUGAUUUUGAAAAUGAAAGGUUAAGGUACGAAUGUAAGAAAUAAGGAAACAUAGCUAACUACGCAGAGGAGGCGACAGAAGGCUUGACUUUAAGAUGUGCUAUUCCMCCACUACAUGUACCACUAGUGUUAAAAAUAGUAAUGUCUGCUUAACCAUAAUAUUUCGACUGAGGACCCUGGAGUACAAGUACGUUUGUUUUUUUAAGGUGUCGCAGCUCGCUUUCUUCAAGCUUCACAAAUAAAAAGAGAUUAUGGUUAUCAUAAAAAUUGUAAUCUUCAUUGCUACAGCAUUUGCUUGUUUUAUUACAACGGCUUCUCGAGACUACUAUCGGAAAGGAUGUUACAAAGACAACUGGGAUCGUGCCAUUAAGGGAGGUGUAUUCAAAACAUUCGGAUGGGAAGAUAUUGCUUCUAUUGAUCAAUGUGCAGAUAUAGCAAGGUCAAAAGGAUGGAAAGCCUUUGCUGUGCAAUAUUUUGGGCAGUGUUUUACCAGCCCCACUGCACAUCUGACGUACGCCAAACAUGGUCCCUCGGGUAUCUGCUAUAAGGGAAUAGGAAACAGCUUUGCUAUGGAUGUAUAUUUCUUUGGAAUAGAAAAAAGAAGGAAACAAAUAAUGGCACAUCAACCAGUAUUGGACAAAACCGUUGCAAACUAAGAAUAUGACGACAACGACACCAACAGCGAUGGUACAUUUGAUGGAGUUUCUUCUUGCGGUUGCKGUUUCAUUGCUUGAAUUUGAGGUGCAAUCUCGACUUAUAGCGGCGUUAGCGGAUGAUUCUAGAAUCACUUCUUGCGACUUGAUCUCCUUGCGAUGUUUCUUGACAACAAUAAUGAUUCGAAUGUAUGCGAACAACAASAAGACGUUCGGAAGAAAGAUGAAAAAACAGAUGUAAAAAAUCUGAUAAGCAAAGUACUUGUCAAUUGGGGUAUCUUUAAGCUUCAAGACGAGGAAAGGAAUCCGCUGAAAUACGGGAAGRAUCCAGGCGAAGCUUAUGGUBAUCAGACAGGAAGAAGCCGUGGCGAAGCGUGUGUGUCUGAAUGGAUGGAGAACCGCUAUGUAUCUAUCAAGUGUCAAGGCACAGAUGUUUGUCGUAGAGGCAAUAAGUAAGACAUUCCAGAAAAACUCAAACCCCGUCCACAACUCAUUGUUAGCUUUUACGUAAAAUGAAUAAAAGAACAGUGAAGGAGCAUUGAACGCUCCGACAAGAAAGUCAGCGACUGCAAGAGAAAGGAUGAACCAGUUUGGCGAGGGCUGUGAGCGAAGUCUUCUUCGUGAGCAGAUGAUAUAGAUCACCAAACCAUUGCCAGUUGCGGUAACGAAGGCAAUGAUUCCACGCAAAAUCCAAUACCAUGUAGGUCUUGAAGCUGUCCCCGAUUGUAAUGGAGUUGAGUAGUUCUGGGAAUGGUUUGAGUAGCCAGUAACGUUCAAAUUUAAGUCAUUUUGCCAGUAUUGGGAAAAUGCCAUAUUUAGGGUCUUUGGUGUUGCAUGCUCACUUUAAUUAACGACUGACGCUUAUAGCUUGUGCUAAUACUUUUAUCUGGCCACAUGAAUAUAUAUGAAGUGUAUGCUAAUGUCGUUCUAUAGUCCCAGCUGGAUGUAGCUAUUGAAUAAAAGAGAAACCAUUAGUACGACUGAAGAAUUGUAAACGAUGCAACAUCUGUUUGUAAGUUAUCUGUAGGUGAGAGCAUUGGUAACCAACUGAAUUUAAAGGGCUGAA